GUUUGUCGCUGUAAAGUUUUUUUUCUGCUGUUGAGUUUCUUAAUUUUCAGGUGAAAGAAAAUCUAAGAUUCGGCUACGGAGGGGGAAGAGCCAGUGAAUUUGCGGAGGCUGCUGGAAUCAGGAUGAGAUUUGCAGACAGACUGAACAAACUGCAGUUGUGUAUUCUUGCCCACCAGCAACAUGUUCUUCUGGAGUUGGAGUUAAGAUACGUUUUUUUCUUGUCAUCUCCUGGCGCAUCGACUCUCCUUGGAUACAGUUCCAAAGGUGAUCAGGAUAGAAAUCACAUUGCUGGAUACUACUUUAGCUGAUGAUGAAAUGAUUGGCGUUAUGUUAGUUAAUGAUAAGCUAUGGAAGGUGUAAUAUGUGAGAUGAAGGAUGUCAGUUCUCAGAAACACAACACUUUUCCAUUUUGGGCACUCCGUGUCAACAGAAACACUCACAGAAAGUGAUGCCAGUGAUGUGAGUGGGACUGUCAGUGUCAAGGAGAGGGGUCCUGUCAGCAGGCGGUUUGAGGAGAGUUCUAGAAUAUCUUUAUUCUCCUGCUGACAUUCCUCAGUGAUAUUUAUAGGAAAAACAAUAUCCCCGAGUACAAUAUGAAACCUGCUUAUGAACGAAACCAAGAAUGCCUGCCACCAAAGAAAAGAGAAUUACUACAGAAUAGUACCGGAGGUGAGGACGUCUUAAAAAAUAAUACAUUGCCAACCAAUAUUACCACUGUAACCGAUGCUGAUUGGUCGAGAAGUGCUGCUGAAGAGAACCAAACAACACUGAGAUAUGGAGUCAGAGCUGAUAAUGGUGAAAGCUUACCAGGAGUUGCAGUGGAUCAGUAUGGUAUGAUGUACAAAUUGGCUGUACCUUCUGCGAACUAUUCACUAAGUGCUCAACAUUCAUUGGUGAAUAUGGGGCAUCUCUCACCAGGAUAUAGCAUUGCAUCUCCACUUCUUCAGCACCACGGGGUUCCAUAUACACCUGUGCAUUACACCCAACUACCCCACACUUCAUUGCAGUUUGUAGGAGCUCCAUAUCCGGUACCAUAUGUCUCUCAUGGGAUUCUGCCAAAUCCACUGAUUUCCUCUGCUGUGGGCAUCCCCACUUCUCAUCUUUCCCAACUUGUUUCAUAUCCUUCCAUGAUGGCUGAGGCUGGCACUCCUCCUCCACAGGCAGCAUCUACUGCACAAACCUAUAGUAAAGCCACUGGUUCUCCCUUACACAGUUUGACUCCACAAGGACCACUGCCUCAUCUAACCACGGCGGAUCUUUCGCAAGGCAUGGCCCGUGGUAGGAUCCCACUCCAUUUUCAACCUUCGCUGUUAACACCAUCAUUUGCAACAUUUGCUACAGCAGUGCCAAACCCAGAUAUUUGUCAUGAAAAUAGAUAUAACCUACAGAUGGCAAAAGAAAAAGAAACUGAUGAAACUAUAUUGGAAGUCUCUGCAAACCGAGGUGACGGACCUUCAGACCAUCAGAAUUUUGAGAGACGACCACGUCAUGAGAGAUUUAUAGAGCUUCAGGCACCCCAUUAUGUUGGCAGCAGAAAGGAAGCUCAGCUCUCUGCCUCGUCAAUGGAGAACCUAAGAGGCAGUCCCCAUUUUUCUGCUCAUAGAGAACCAAGAAAUGAGGUUAUCUCUCCAGCACAGAGGAGUACACCAGACACAGACCUAGAAGUCCAACAAGUAGUUGGGAGUUUGGGUGCUCAAGGAUCUCACGGUCCUGUGGUUGUUAGAAAAGAAGUCUUAAGUAACAUAAAAGUUUCACAUAAUUCAUUCAAAUGUCAAGAGCAAUUAAGACACCACUCACAAAUCAUUCCAGGUAAAAACAUUGCAGAAUUUUGUUCCAGUGAAGAAUUACCGAGGUCUCCCUAUCUGCCUGCUCAACAGCACGUUACCACAGGCCCCAAAAGACAAUCAUUAGAUGAUCAGCAUGGACAUUUGCAUAAAACAAUAAUGUUAGCCAAUGGGCAGCCAGUAUUAGUGCCUGUUGAUGCCCCUGUUCUUGAGCAAGAUGCAUUGGCUAAUAAUGUUGCUGUCUCUACAGAACCCAUAACUCACAGUCAUCCUGACGGGCAAACAAGAGCUUGUACAGUGGUUCCACUUCCAACAUCACAAUCCACAGUACCACUUCUUCAGCCUGUCCUGGUCCAGCAGUCCCCACCUGCUCAUGUUCCUUCACACUUUAUGAAAGGUGCCAUCAUCCAGUUAGCAAAUGGGGAACUGAAACGUGUGGAAGACCUGCAAGCCCAGGACUUUGUGCAUAGUGCAGAGAUUAGUGCUGGGUUAAAAAUUGACUCCAGUACGGUGAUUGACAUUGUUGAAAGCCUGCGUCCUGGAUAUGUCACCCUCCAUUUCUCCGUAGGAGAACCUCAAACAAAGGUGAGUGUAGAGGUCACUCCAGAGCAUCCAUUCUUUGUAUUUGGUCAGGGUUGGUCCUCUUGUAAUCCAGAACGGACUGCACACAUCUUCGGACUUUCAUGUCAAAGACUCAUGGUGGGUAAUGUCUGUGUAUCACUCGGUGUUCAAUCUUCUGGCAGGAGCUCUACCCAUCCAGCGUCCUCUCCAAGCAAUACUGUUCCAGUUCAUGAUUCAAGGACCGUGGAAACAUCAGAAGUUGUCCUAGCUCCACCUGAAACUAUCUCAAUCCACAUUAGUAGAAACUCUGAGGUUAAAAAUCAUUCAAAAGACCCGGUCAUGCAGUAUUUGCAUGCAGGCUCUGAAAGCACAGGCAUUCCCAGCCACCCGAGUUAUCAACAUCGUUGGUCCACCCCGGUUUUCCAAAGAGAUGGUUUUCAAUCAGAGGAAGCAAAAAUUUCCUCCCGGCCUUCCUUCAUACCACAGGAAGUCAAACUUUCAAUUGAGGGACGUUCAAAUGCUGGGAAAUAACAGCAUGAGCUCUGAGGGAGUAUAAAUAAAGACAGUUGCACACCUACUAUGACAGCCUUUUGCCAGUUAUAGUAAUUCAUUGAAAUGUACUCUUGAAAUUUUUCACAAAACAUUUGCAGCAUGGAGGAGAUAUUGGAUCUGCCAUUGGAGCAUUAAUGACAAAUGGGGAAUGUGUGACAGGACAGAUUUUUCUUAAAUAAGAAAUUAAGGUACUAUUAACAGUACAAUGCAAAUAUUUUUGAAGAAUAGCUGUGUUCUGAUGUUGCAAAUAAUUUUCCAACUUCAGGAAUAAUCUGGUAAAUUCUGUGUUUUGUUCCCUGCGAUGUUUGUUUUGCCUGGGUUUGGUGAUCUCGGUAUGAAAGAAUGAAAAUAUUGAAAUCUUGAGGCCCUAAAGUAAAAUUCAAUAUAUGUGUGUUUGAAAUGUAUUAAAUGUUACAAAUUAGUUAUUUUUUUCAAUUCACAAACUAGGCUUUUACUCCAUUCUCAUAAAAGCAAUUUUCAAAGUAAAUUAUAAGUAAUAUUGAUAUGUUAUCACUUAAUUUAAAGAAAAUUAUUCGUGACAGAUUUCAAGGUGGGCAGUUUAUUUAGUAUACAGGGGAUUUUAUUUGGCAAAGCAAAAAAUGCAAUUUUGAUAUUUUAUGUGAAGAAAUUACAAAAAACAGUGAUUGAAAAGAGCCCUAUAGUGUGCCCUUUGGUAACAUUUAGGUUGAAAAGUGUGCAAGUUCUUAGAAAAUAUUUUGCAAAGGGUCAUUGAUGUGCAGGAGGACUUAACUUUAAUGUGUUAGUCACCUCAAUCUUCAUAGAAAUUGAACUCACAUUAAUCUCUUCCAGAUUUAGCAUUAAUUUUGCUAUUGAGCAGGACUUGUUGGUUUUAAGUCCAGAAAGACCCAUCCAAAUUCUCCAAAGUGAACUAUGCAUGUCCCAGGCACUACGAGAUUGAACAAAAAGUUUGCCACGCAUUGCCCAAUUUCUCAUUAAUGUCCAAUGUACAGAUCCUAAUUCUCACAAAGGAGUAAAUUGACCUAUGUAAGCUGGAUUUAACACAUGGUCAAAAGAUAUAUUGAUUUUCUUAUCCUUGGUUUAAAAUUUAAGAUAUUUAAAAUAAUGUAAAUGUUUAUGAUACGAUAAGCAUAAUCAAAAGGGUAAGUAAAAUUUCCUUUUUAUGUUUUAAGAAUAUUGUUUUGUAACCUUCAAAGAGGAUCAAGUAAUUUUCUGAGAUACCAGUGUUUUAAGGUGUUUUGUGUGUUUUUUUUGUACUAAAUUAAUCUGGUUAGCAGCCAAGGCAGAGUGACUAAAAAACAUUUAUGUACUCUGGUGUAAUAGUAAGUGAACUGGAACACCCUAUGCUGAGUUACUCUGCUGUGUGGUGUUACUGAUGCUUGAAAUUACCCACAUUUAAGUCUCCUGGCCAUAGAGGCGUCAUCGUAAGAUGUCCUAUGGUAGUGAACAAAAGCUUUCGAAUCAGUACACUUCCAAAGGGCGCAUACGUAAAUUGGACCUACCUUUAAGUGACUUCAUUUUCUUUGCACUUUUUUUACUUUUACAAGAUUCCAUUUAAUAUUUAGAAUCUACUUGAGAUGCAACAGUGGUGUUUAGUUAAUCACAUUUAACAGAAAUGGGAAAGUGAGCUUCAAUUAAAGCUGCAUGUGAAAAGGGGAUUGGCUGUGUAAAGUAAUGAAGAGCAGUUAGAUGCUUCUGCACUAGUGGCAGUUCAUACAUGGGCAAAUGCAAAAAAAAAUCUAGCUGAUGUAAUUGCUUUCAUUAUUUGACUGAUAUAUUUAGGCAGAUAAUGAGGUUAGAUGUGCAAAAUAUUAAAACUGUACAGAAGUGUGCUCUUGGUAUUCAGCUCCCCUCAGCAUGGUGCUCAAGUUCUGUGCAUGUAUCGCUUUACUAAAAAAUUUUUUAUCAUUGUGCCCCACUUUUUAAAAAAAAAUUUGUCAUGGUUUUUGGAUAAUUCAGCUGAAGUGGGUGGCUGAAAUCCUCUUGCAGUGGACCUGUUUUCUCAGAUAUGGUAGAGAGAUAUUUCAGUGAUAGUUCUAUUGUUUUUGCCACUGCUAUUCAAAGAUUAGUGUUUUCAUGAAAGCAAUGUAGAAAGUUGCAAUAAUUAGAUGAACCCUGGAAAAAAAAUAUAACUUUGAUAUGAUGGAUAAAGAGAUAACUAGGCACAGGGGAAGAAUGACUGAGGGAUUUUAGGGUAUAUUUCUGGGAAUAGUUGGUGCACCACUACAAAAUGUGGUUUUAUUUCAUUGUCAUACGACUAAUUAAACUUGUAUUUAAAAGUAAUGUGGAAAGAAUAUUAGAAUUAGAACUAGUGCUAAAGUACAUUUUUUUAAGAAGUACCUUUGUUUGUAUUAUAUUUUAUAUUAAACAUUUUGUCACUUGGCACUUUUAAAUGAUUACAGUGCUGAUGCCAUGAGUGUUAUUCACAGAAUCGUUACGGCACAAAAGGAGGCCAUUCUGCCCAUUGUGUCUGCACCAGCUCUCCAACUGAGCAUCACGACUUGGUGCCGUUCUCCUGCUUUUCCCCCGUACCCUUGCACAUAAUUUCUAUUCAAAUAAUCAUCUCUUGCCGUCUUGAAUGCCUCAGUUGAACCUGCCUCCGCCACACUUCCAGGCAGUGCAUUCCAGAUUCGAAUCAC